UCUAUAGUGGCCGUCGGAUGGUCAACGGUAGGCGGUAGUCUAGCGAACAUGGCUGAGAACAAUGGCAAAUCGUUGUGACUAGCUCCGCCGUCUCGCUUUAAAAAAAAUUGUCAACAAAUCUUGAAUAAUCAGAUCACAAAGCCCAAAGGACUGCCGAACACCCCAAUUAUUGGAUUCCAGGUCGAUAAUAUGAUGGCAACUGCUGUUCAAGAGAAUGGCAUGAGACCUCUAACGAAUGGUUCCUUCAAUCACGUUGAGAAAGUGGAGCCUGUAGAUAAUUUGGAAAAUGGUGGAACCAUAAAUGAGACUGAGACCCCCAACAACUCUCCACCGAGCAUGCCUGUUGAAGAGAGCGAUGCACCGAGGGAGAUUGAUAUUGUCAUACGUAAUGUUGUCUGUAGCUUUAGUGUUCGAUGCCAUCUAAAUUUGAGAGAGAUUGCGCUCAGAGGUGCUAAUGUGGAGUACAAGAGGGAGCAUGGGAUGAUCACAAUGAAACUGAGAAAUCCCUCGACGACAGCUUCAAUCUGGUCCUCAGGAAAAAUAUCGUGCACUGGGGCAGAGAGUGAGUCAGAUGCCAAAAAAGCAGCAAGAAAAAUAGCUAGGUGUCUAGCUAAACUAGGUUUCAAUGUUAGAUUCAGUAAUUUUCGAGUAGUAAAUGUACUUGGCACAUGUCUUAUGCCUUGGGACAUCAGAAUCAAUCUCUUCUCGAUGGCUCACAGAGAACAUGCUGACUAUGAGCCAGAGUUACAUCCUGGAGUGACGUAUAAACUGACAGAUCCUAAAGCAACGUUAAAAAUCUUCUCUACUGGCAAUGUCACCAUAACAGGUACAUCAAGUGUUGCUUUGGUGGCCAAUGCAGUUGAGAAAAUUUUCCCUCUAGUCCAGGAGUUCCGUAAGCCUCGUACACAGGAGGAACUGGCGGCAAGGAGACGCAGAGGAGUGAAACGUGCUCGCAGCUCAUUCAUAAAUGAUGAAGCCGAACCAACUGAGGAGUCUAUUAUAUCCGACAUAGAUGAGAACGAGGAAAUGGCCCUCGAGAGCGAUGGAGACUGGGACUGAAUCAUUUAUUGGAUGAAUUUUUCUCAUUUUAUUCAUCGAUUAAAUGAUUUCGGAUGUACUGAAGUGUUCAAUGGACAAAAACAUGUAUUUUCUCUUCAGUGAAGUGACGAAAACUCCAGGAGAAUUUUAUGAAAAGGAAAAAUUGAGAAAAGUUUUUCUCCACUGGAUCCUGAUGUCUCGAUAUUUCUCAAGUUUUCUGCAUCAUUAUUAAUUAAGUUGUGAAGUGGGUGAUGAAAAAAAAAAUAUCUUCGAUUUUUUUCCCUGAAGUCUGGAGAUAUUUCCACCGAUAAAGGAGAGAAGAGCAUAUUUGCAAAGAACAACGGAAGAAUAAUCGUAAUUAUUUAAACAUUAAGUAAAUUAUCAUCAACAGAGCAUCGUUUAUGUUCACAGUUUCAUGCUAGCAAUAUGAAACCCCUUUAUUAUCAUUUAUCAUAGUAAUUCUUGCCUGUUUUCAUCUGACAUGAAUGAGGGGAAAUUAGGAAGUUGAAAGACAGAAUAAUUUUUGUUUCAUUAAUUUUUUUCUCGAUAUCUCGACAUGUUUGUGGAUUCUUUUUGAGAAUUUUAACACCUAUACAAAAUAUCCUCGUUAAAAUUUUUCCUUUCUCAUUUUUUCUUUUAUUUUUCGAUUUACUGGACUCAUUGAUUAAGAUUUUUUACUACUUUUUUUUGUUUUUAUCUUGAACGCUAUGGGAAUUGGAAAAAUUUUUGUUAGGAUAUUUUUCGGAGAAAAGUGUAAAACCCACAAGAUGUCACAUUCGGAAGAGCUGGUAUAAUUGAAUUGUUCGAUAAAGAUUCUCCUAAAUUGAUGUUUGAACUCAAUUUUCCGCAUCAUUAGCUGAAAGAUUGGGCAUCAAAAUUUUCCAGGGCAGGUUAAAAUUCAGUUUUGGAUUCUUCGUGAACAUUUAUAGUGCUGGCAUUCAAUUUCUGCUUUUGUUUCGUAUAUUUUUCCUUUUUUUUUUUACUUAAUGUACUGUGCCAAAGAUGGAUGUUCGAAAUUUAAAGUGAAAAUUAGCAAACUUGUGGUGUUUUCUCGUUACCUGAAUGAAGAGUUUUUUUUUCAUUGAAUUUUCAUUCUUUGAUUUGUUCCCCGAUUCAUAUGAAUUCAAUUCCAUUCAUUUUUUUCUUCUCGUUAUUAUUACUAUUGACUAUAAUUACAGUAUUUCUUUAGGUAAAUUAAAUUUUAUUAUGAUCUUUCAUGACAAAUGGUACGACAAAUCAGUGAUGGAGUGAUUGCUAUCGAAUAUAUUCGGCACUCUAUGUCAUUUUUCCCUGGGGAAGAUAUAGUAACAGAGACAUAGAUUUCGAGUUGUCAUUUCAUUACUGAAUAAAUGAUAUUUUCAUUUGAAAAUUUAUGGAUUUGAUGAAAUGAUGAGUAAAACAAGUUUGCUAAUUGUAUCGUUCAGUUAAACAGCAGAAAUGUUCCUAGUUUAUUUAAUUAUUUAGUGGAGAAAGAGCGGUCCAUCCCUGCUCGAGCAUUUGUAAUAUUAGAACAAAAUAAAAAGUGUUUCUUUUUAGAUUUAGUUUUAAAUUUAGUUUCAAUUGAAUCUGUUUCAGUAAUCGUUGAUCAUUUAUUUUUGGCUCCUUUGUAGUUAUUUCUGUCGAGCUUUGAAAUACGAAUCAUCAUAGUUACUGUUUAUUUUUCAGUUUCUAUUAUCAACGAUAAAAAUAUAACCAAGUGGUACAGCGUCAUCAAUAAUUUCAUUAAUUUUCGUUAACGUGCAGUAUCACGAGAACGACUGGAUUUUCAAAAAACAUUCACGAAACCAUUUUUGUGGAGAAAAAAAUUUCUUACAAAAAUGUUUUCUGAUAUUUUGCGGUUAAAUCACUCCUUAAUGAUACAAUCUAACAUUUUAUUAACAAGAACUAAAAAAUUUUGUGGGUUUUUACGUUUUAACAUUUCAUUACUGAAACGAUUUCACCAGCGCAGAAUUAAAUACUUUUGAUGACAUGAUCAUUCAUUCGAGCGAUUCAAGCACAAGCAACAAAACAAAAUGCAAUAUUCCACGCGACAGGAUUUCAUCGAGCUUAUUUCAAUUUCGUAGGAUCAUACAAUGAUUGAGUCUUAUUAUUUAUUGUCAUUAUUCUCGUUAAUUCUUAGCGAUCACAUUAUAACACCACAUUGAUAGUGUUAAUUUAAGUUGUUUAAAAUUUAUAGUUAAAUCAUAAGAUCCUCUUGUAUUGUGAGUUUUUUUAUUCUGAGAGGUCGUAUUAAUGGGAAUGAUUGCUUUGGAAUUUACCAUGAUGCUUCUAAUGUUUAUGAUUACGAAAGUACUAAUUCUUUAUCGCUGAGACUUGAUACGAAAAUUCGUUAGUUGAGUAGAUUAAUUAAUUAAUCACCCAAUCAUUGGAAGAAACGAUUUCUGGCGUGAAGUGGGGAAAUGCGAAAUAUGUUAGAUAUGAAUUUUUGGUAAUCACGUAAUUACAUCGGUAAUGAGUGGAGUUGGAGAAAAAUAUCUCGACCUUUUGUGGGAGAAGACAGCCAUUUUGCAAAAAAGUCGAGGCAUUUUCUCGAGAUUUCAAUGAAAAUUAAUUCCACUUGUUACACCACUUCACAACUUGCUUUCGUCUUUUCAAAUUAACUCUUUUGUGCCAUAGGGAACUGCAUUUCAUUAUCGAAUCAUUGACAGUUUCAUUAAUUCCUAAAUACGCUGAAAUCACUGCCUCUCAGCUUUUCUUUGAAAACCCUCGUGAAAGAAUUAAAUAAAUGAGAUUUUGAAAGCUAAAUAUGGCACUUAGUAUUAGAUCUCUCAUGAAUAAAUCGAGUGAAAUAAUUGAAAAAAUGGUAAAGUUUAAAUAAUAUCAAAAAAACAAUGCAGACAAUUAAAUCGAGGAGUUGAUAAUGCUUUCAUUGAGAAUAUCUGUUAUGAACUACUGAAUACUCGUGGUAGACUAUAUUUUAUAACAAAUUAAUAUUACGAAUAUGAUAUUUUUACCAUGGGAAGUGUUGAAAUAAUGUCUCCCAACGAUGAAGACUAAUGUAAAAAAUUAAUCGAAGGGCUAUUGUAUCUGCUCUCUUUGGCACAGUCAACGGUUGCAUCUUCGACGAAAUUUUAUGAACAAAAUUAAGAAUUUACCGUAAAACGAAAUGAGCAAUCAAGUUGUGGAAUGUGACAAGUCAAAGAGGAUAUUUGUGUUAAUUCUGCUGUUUUUUCGGGAACGAGUGAUUCUGAAGGAAAAUGUCAAUUUAUUCAAUUGAGGACUUGUUUCAAUUUUUUUGUAAAGAUGGGAAGUAGCUAAAAAUUCUUGGAAAAUAAAAAUUGCGCAAUAGUGUUAAUUUAGAAUGUUAUGAUUUAAUUAGCAUGGCUAGUUUUGUCGAAAAAAAUCCCCACUGGCUUUUCUACUUGUGUGUAGUUUUAAGCCAUCGAACUCCAGGUCAGGGGAAAGCUAGCGAUUGUCAAUAAAUUGUAACAUCUAUAAUUAACCUGAUUGUUUAACUUUUCCAAAUUUUUAUCUGAUCUUUCUCAGCAAAAAAUUGUAACAAAUAGCCUCGGCAUCAAGUUUUACAUCUGCCGGUUAAAUAAAAAAGUAGAAUUGAUUGACCUCUUAUCCUUCAUCACUUCAAUUCAAGAAUGCAUCCUCCUGUACUUUCGUUCUUAUGAAAACGUAGAAACUCAUGGUGGUGAAAAACUAUUUAACAUAAAUUAUAGACUCCGAGAAUUAUCGGUUGUACGGUAUCACAUCUAACUACGUACAAGUCACUCUUAGGGUAAUUAAAUGUCCUAGAGGAAUGAUUAAUCACGAGAAAACGUUGGAAAUGAGUUUUUGAAACCCCUGAGAACGCAGGUGCAUUCUGUCAUUGAAUUAAAUGAGAUAAUACUGAAUUUUUUUUUUGCGAACUUCGAAGGAGAAAUUCUUUCACUUUCGAUUUCGCCCCAAAAUUGCUCACAUUAUUAACAAAAAAUAUCAAAUUUGAACAAUUGACGUAAUUAGCUCAUUUAAUUUAAUUUCAACGUAACUUUAAGGAGAAACAAAGAAUUAGAUAAUUGAAAGAAUCAUUAGGAAUAUAGUUCGAGUGACGCACACUGAAGUUGCAAGUGGGUUAGAGGCACAUGUAUAUGUUCAAUGCACGUAUGCAUCAUCUGCCAGUGCCUAAAUAUUAAUCAGCAAGAAUCCACUAAUUGAAGUGUAGAAUCGUGAAGAAUGAAAAAUCACAUAUAUGCAUUCUUCGAAAAAUAUCAAGAGACCUUUCUGUAGAGGAAAAUAUGCCCACAAACCAUUACCUAAGGUCUUUCAAUAUUUUUCUCCAGAAUCAAUUGGGUCUCACAAGUAUUCACGUUUCACUACUUCACGACAAAAAUAAUGGAAAGAAAAAUGUAGCGUAUGUGUAUGUAAGACUGCUGUGAGAUGUAAAUGAGGAGGAUAAUCACUGAAGGAGAUGAAAGUGAAACUUUGUAUGUAAAAUGGAAGAAAUAAACAGUUGAGCUCUGAUUAUUAUCAAA